GCAAUUCUUCUACUGUCUACCCUUAAUACUUAAUACAUCCUAAACCCUAAUAAAUUAUUUAAUGAAGCGAAAAAAUACAUCUCAACUAACAUCCACAACUAAAUCAAUUUCAUUAUCUACGCCAAUUGCACUCGCCCGAGUGUAAAGAUGUGGAACAAGUCGAGAGUAGAAUCGUUUCAAACAGAAAGAAAUAAUGAAAACACUAAAAGAUUAUAUUGAUAUAAUUGCUGGUUUUAACCUAAAAUUGAUUAUAUUCUGACUGGUAAGAUCGCCGACAUUUGAGUUAGGGGUCUGAGGUUCGAAACCUGCACUUUUCAUUUUUCUGAAAUUUUUUUUGGUUUUUUGGUUUCCUUCUUCAUCAACCUGAAACUGCAACCACCAUGGAUCAGGACGGGCCUUCUUCUGGCAGCCGAAAGGUUCGGUUUGCUCCUAAAGCUCCUCAAUCUUCAAGAAGGCCCAAAACCACUGUAUCCAAAUCUGAAGUGAACGCUGAAGAUGGAGAAGCUGCUCAAGCGCAGUAUCUUCUUGGACGUUUCAACGAGAAUCAAACGCGACAAAGGCCUAAAGUUGAAAAGAAAUCUUCCGCGCAAAUUGCUUUUGGUCCUGGAGCCCCCUCAUCAAAUUUAUUGAGGACAUAUGGUAGUCAAAGGGGAGGGACUUCUGGUAAAAGUACUGACUCAAGGCAGAGAAGUCAUGGUGAUAAUGAUGGGCAGAUCAUUGGUUCUUUGCCUUCAGCUUCCAAAGAAGAUAGGACAGAUAUAUGUUCUUCAGAUGCUAUUGAAGCAUCAGCACCAAAAAUAAAGAGAGAAUACUGUGAACCAUGGGAUUACCAUCACUCUUACUAUCCUAUCACCCUUCCUCUCAGGAGACCUUACUCUGGUGACCCUGAACUUCUUGAUGAGGCAGAGUUUGUAGAGGCUGCUAGAAAGGAGUAUGAUGAGAAAACUAUUAAUCCUGCUUCAGAUCUGGGGCUACUGGAGGAAGGUGAGAAAGGA